AUGACUCUACAGUUGGCAUUAUUGCAUACGUUUUCAUUCGCAGUUGGUAUUAAUGCUUCAAGUCAAACUGAUAGUUAUGAUACUAAUAAGAGUAGCACUUCCGAAGCAUAUGACAUGAAAGAUUUUUGCCCUGGAAUAAGAAUAGAAGCUAAAGAUUUUGAUGGUAAAUGGUAUCCUGCAAAAGUGUCUGAUGUUGAUUGGACUGAAAAUGAAAUUCUGGUUCAUUUUGAAAAUUGGAAUACAAAAUUUGAUGAAUGGAUUCCUAUGGAUUCCAGUAGAUUACGUCCCCUUCAAAAACCAGUUCUUCAAAAAAAAGACAAUGGUAAAUUUUCCAAGGGUGAAGAAGUUAUGGCCAUGUGGUCGCCAUAUCAAAAGUAUCCAGCUACUAUACAAGCAGUUUUAUCUAACGAUCGUUAUGAUGUUUUGUUUUAUGAUGGUUUUCUAAAAAGACUUAAAGGUCAUAAAAUUUCUAAACUUGAAGGGGAAACUGUUAAAAACGAAGUGAGAAACUUUACUGACAUUGGCACUAAAGAAGAAAGGAGAGAGAGAAAAAGAAAAAUUAAUGUAGCCGAAUUAUUUCAUGUUAAUAAAAGAUCGAAAAAGAAAGGUUUGAUACAUUCAAAAUCUCAAGGAUUGAAAACCUAUCCAGUCAGUAAGUCCAAGAACAAAGGCUCUGUAAUUAGAAAGUUGUUAACACCUGAGGAAGGAAAAGAUAAGGUAACAAAAACUGAUUCGGUGGAAUCGAAGCAAAAGGAGGAAAAGGUGCCAAGUUCGACAACUUCUUCAAAGGCGUUAAUUGAUACCAUUCCAGCUGCUUUCGAAGUUAAAUAUUUAAAUGGUCAAACUGAGAUGUGGAGCAAACAGCUUUAUCAGAGGAGCGAAGGAAGAACAGCAGGAAAAUUAGACAUUGUUAUUUUAAAGUAA